GCAAGAUAAUUCAAAUGUAUCCUUGCAAUAGUUCCCCUUUAGCACAAUCAAAUAUACUUCAGUAUAUCUUUAGUUGGACUUCAGCACUACUGCCUCACAAAAUUAGUUGUUCCAAUUUAGCAGACUUUAAGAAUACCAGUUUAAUACACCAAAAUCACAAUUGCAUGGGAUUUUUAUUAAGUACAUAAGUAUGUAAAUGUAUUUGUAGUAUAUACUUAGCACAAAAUAAAUGUAUUUCAAAUAUAAUUUAGUAUUUUUUUUUAUUUUUUAGUAGGGCUCUCCUAUCUAUUUUGUCCAAUCUCUUAUACAUAGUUUUUAAAUGAAUCAAUCCUUGCGUCACACAGCUGUGGUAUUAUUGUGUCUCCCAGACGUGAUGUUUCACAAUAAAGCCCACCCAUUCUAACUUGUAACAGUAUCUAUUCAUCAUGUGUGGUUUCGACGGUGACUGGGCUGAGCUUAUGAGGAGAGCAUAUGAGGUUGUUUUUGAGAUGCCAUUAUGAUGAUGACAGAAGUUUCAGAGGCUUUAUGAUUCAUAGUAUCAUGAUGUCCGACCUCCAAAAGCGAAUAUUUCCAUUCAGUAGCAUGGUAACAAGUGAUGAUAAUAUCAGUGUACAUUUAUUUUAACACAUCAAAAAAAAAAAUAAAGACAGACCUUCUCUAUAAAAACUUUAAGAAGGUGAAUUAAAAAGGAGUAAAGAAAGCAGCAGUGAGAAAAAGAACAAGUCCAGUCUAGCCUUUUCCUCUUUACCAACCCGCCUCCGUCUCAUUUCUACACCACCCAUUGCAUUCCUCUACAAAAGCAUCCUCAUAUCACACCACCUUCAUUAGAGGUAACGUUUGGUAAGGUGGGCGACUAACUUAAAGAAAAAGCAAAAAGGCAACGUCCAAAAACAAGAAACUUACAGAGAAUUUUCUUCAAAGAGCUACAAUAAAAGAAUGGGCUCGUCUGGUGUACAGAUCGUGUGUAUGGCACUGGGAAUUUUAGGUCUCAUUGCAGCGGUUGUAACCAUUGCUGUUCCAAGAUGGAAGAUUUCUGCUUUUAUUGGUCAGAAUAUUAUCACUGCACAGGUUCAGGAAGAGGGCUUGUGGAUGGAGUGUGUGGUUCAGAGUACCGGACAGCAGCAGUGUAAAUCCUACGACUCGCUGCUCAUCCUGAGCUCUGACAUCCAGGCGGCCCGCGCCAUGACCAUCAUCAGCUGCAUGCUCACGGUCCUGUCCCUGCUCGUUCUGUGCGCCGGCGCCGAAUUCACCACCUGCAUCGACAACGAAGAAGUCAAACCCAAAGUGAGUCUGGCGUCCGCCAUCGGGCUGAUCAUCGCGGGCUUGUUGCUGAUCAUCCCCGUCAGCUGGGCCGCUAGUAAUGUCGUGCGCGACUUCAACAAUCCGCUGAUAAGCCAGUCUAUGAAGAGAGAGCUGGGUGCCUGUAUCUUUGUGGGCUGGGGAGGAGGAGUCCUGCUCCUGCUGGCCGGAGGCUUGCUGUGCUGCUUCAGAAGACCCCGCUCCGGAGGAUCCGGCGGAACCGCAAAAUACUACAGCAACAGCGCCUCUGCACCAAGCAAGAAUUACGUGUAGAUAAAUUGGGUAAACUGAGCAUUUGUCGCAGAAAUUUAAGCUGUAGUAUGUGAAAUAUGUCUAUGUUAGUCUUUAUAGUUAGCAGGUAAUGAGAAUAACAUAAACCAGAAAAGGUCAAGAUCUGCAAAGAUGUAAAUAUUACUUGCUUAGAGCUAGUGUCUUUACGCUUUUUAAUUAGUUUCAUAUAGUUUACUGCUGCGAUUUUUUAGAGCAGCUAAUAAACAAUGCACAUGUUUUGUAAAAUUCAGGGAUGGGCCGAGCUUGUGUCCAAAAUACUUUCAGGUCAUUUUAUCUGUGCCAGUCCUCGUUAUUUCAAUAAUGCUACUGAAUAACUGAACUCAUUAUUUUUGAGUAAUUCAGAACAGAUAUUUUUUUCAAGAACUUUUUAGGAUAGGGGAAUCUACUUUAAUCUGUGCAAUUGUGUGUGUGUGUGUACUGGUAUAUAUGGUUUAUGAGGACACCAAUGUGUAUAAUAACACGGGUACUACAAUGUGAACAUGGUUUGUGAGGACACUUCCUGUGUCCCCAUAAAACAAAAGGCGGUCCCACUUUAUAUUAGGUGGCCUUAACUACUAUGUACUUACAUUUAAAUUAAUCAUUUGAUACAAUGCACUUAUUGUGUAUAUACACGUUUUUAUAUUGUACAUACUAUAUGUAAUUACAUCUGUAAUUAAUUUCUGUAAUUACAUUUAUAAUUACACUGUUGACCCAUCCCUUACACCUUAACCCACCCUUAAACCUACCCAUACCACCAAACCUGUCCCUAACCUUACCUGUAUCCCACCUCAAUAACAGAAGUGUUCUGCAAUACAAUAUGAACACAAUAAGUACAUUGUACUUAGUUUUUGAUGUAAAUACAUAGUAGUUAAGGCCACCUAAUAUAAAAUGUGACCCAAAAGGCUUAAAAAACAUACAAAACGGUGUUUUAUGAAAUUCAAAAAUUGCCCGUAGUUUCCUGUAAGGGGUAGGUUUAGGUGUAGGGCAAUAGCACAUACAGUUUGUACAGUAUAAAAACCAUUACGCCUAUGGAGAGUCCCCGUAAACCACAUAUACCAGACUGUGUGUGGGGU